UUUAACUGUUGAUAUUUUGUCCAGAUAAACAGUAUGCACUGGGAAAAAUCACAGCCAUCCGCCCAGGGAAGGUCCCGGCCGUACCAGGGAGUUCGUGUCCGGGAUCCAGUUAAAGAGCUGCUGAGGAGGAAGAGGAGUCUGGAGCAUCACAGCACCAAGACCACGCAUUUCACAGCUGAUGUGGUGGGUUACAGCAAUCAGUCAUCGUUUAUACAAGAUGUCGCCAGUGCCUCCCCUGCUGAGCAGUCUCCUGGGGCAGCAGACCGAGGGCUACAGGGUGCCGGGUGGAAGCCUGCUCCCCCCAUCACCACCGCUGGGCUGCAGCCUGCUGUGAUACCAUGGUCUUCAUCUGACUACAACCAGCAGGACUCCACAGCUCAGACUCUGGCCUACCCAGCUGCCUCUGCCCUCACUGCUGAUGUAUACAUGCAGACUCUGUGUCCCAGCUACACCAUGCUGACCUAUACACACACCCCGCUGCUAACCAACUUUGGUACCAUACCAGUGGCUCAAGGUCAAAGCUCCCUUGCCCCGAUGGAGCUCCCAGACUCUGGGCUGGCCUACCCCUUGUGGGCACAACCUCUUACCACCAUAUCUGCUAUGCCCAACCCAGGAGUUCAGUUUGCCUCAGGUUCUGCAGCUCUGCCUGGACCCCCUUUGGUUCAUAUGCCUUUACCCAUGUCUUUGACCGCCAUGAUUUCUCAACCAGAAACCCAGGUGGUGGACCCUCACCCUCAGAUUCGGGACACCCAACAGCACUCAGGGCAUGAGCUGGACCAAGAACCACAAGAUCACUCUCUGGCAGAAAAUCCCGAAGAAGAGCCAGUGUCCCCUAAUCUGCUGGAUAAACUUCUGGAAGAUCAGAAGAGGCAUGAUGAAGAAGAAGACAAGAAUUCAUAUUCCAGCUCCAUGUUCUUACCUAAUGUCUGAUGUCACAAUUGUUCAUUCCAUUGAAACAAUUUUUUUUACUGAGUGGUCAUGAGAUUGCAGAAGAUUUUGGCAUACUCAUUAAUUUUAACUCAAUUCUUGCCUUAUUUGCUAAACAUUUCCAGCUCUGUCUGAUUGAAAGGUGGAUUGUCUAUGAACUAAGUAUGGGUGAAAAUCUCAACCACUAGAGAUUUUCACCCAUACUGAUUAAUUUCACAAAGAUUAAUUUGCAGUAAAAUUUGAUUCUACUUAGUAUUGGCACUGGGGAAUGAACAAAAAUGCAUGACAAAUGUUUUUGUCCCAUAGUUCACAAUUUUACAGAAAUCUGUUCCCCCAAAAAAAUCCAAAAUUCAUUUUUAUUGGUGUGAAAAAACAUAAACAAUUAAGGUACAGCAUUUCCAUAUGCAAACUUUGAUGUAACUUCACACAACUGAUUCUUUCCCAGUAGAUUUUUCCUGCCUUUCACCUGUGUUGUAGGCCUAGAGCACUACUCACGUUCUCUCUGAAAAAUAAA